AUGUCUUUGGGAGCACUUCUCGGCCUGGAUACUUACCUGCCGGGAACACCGCAGGAGAUGGUCAAACCCAUUGAUGCCUUCCCGUACAGCAUCUGUGAUUGUGGCAGCACCUUUGAGGCUGGUGACGCCGAUAAGCGCCUGAAGGAUAAGCUUCGGCACGACAAUGCGGUCCGUCGUCGGCAGCAGCCGUCGUGCUUCGAGGAGGCCUGUGCAUACGGCAACUUACCGAUGGUGAUGUAUAUGUGCCAGCAGGGGGGAAUCAAUGUUGCGACACGCCACGCUUUGUACGAAUCCCAGGAUGCGACGCCGCUUAUGUGGGCUGCGUUUAGAGGUCAUCUGUCCAUAGUGCGCUUCCUCGUCGACCAAGAGGCGGCGGUGAAUGCGUGUAAUUCACUUGGUCAUACUGCCCUUCACUGGGCUAUUAUUGCCGGUAAAUUUGAUGUGGUACGUUUCCUGCUUGACCAUGGGGCUGAUCCUUGGCAACGGGACAACCAAGGCUUUGAUGCCGCGUUUGUGGCCGUGCAGAACGAUCAGCUGCCAUCGUUGGUGAUGCUUACCGAAGAUAGCAUUGCGGCCGGGGUGCUUCGCUUGGAAGGAGGUCGGUACGUGCAAAGCGAGCCGGCAAAGGGUGACGGUGAACGUGAAAACUGCCAAUUCUACUACCUGAACCCUGACCUCCGCGAUACGGCAGGCCACGGCUUAAUGCACUGGGCUGCAUGGCGCAAUAGUGCCACAACGUGCCAAUAUCUUGUGGAGUACUGGGGCUAUGAGGUAAAUGUGCGUGACAGCCAAGGCCGCACGCCACUGCUCUGGGCAGCGCGAGAGGGUUUCGCAGAAGUGAUUGAAUAUUUGCUUAGCUGCGGUGCCGAUACAGACGUGGUUGAUGAGGAUGGAUAUACUGCUCUUCAUUAUACUAAGAGUCGUGGCCAUCCUGAGGCGACAUACGUACUGGAGACCCACCCGUGCGGAGGAAAGAGGUACCCCAAUUCUUCGUGUUGUGUCGAGUUACCUGCUACGGAUGAGAAGGAUGCCAAGAGUGCAGCGUCUCAUCUCAAGACAGAUCCGCUCGUAGAAAUACAGACAGGUAGAAAGGCCUCAACAUGCGACACAGUUGCUUAUCAGUCCGUUCUCAUUCUUGACGAUCACACUGUGCCGUCAAAGUGUCACGCUAAGAAUAGCUAUGCCACUGUGCGGGAACGUCGAGCAGCGGGUACGCUACGCAUGAUGCGGUUUCAUCCUAUGUUUGCCCUUCGUGCACUAGCCGGUGUAGUCUAUAUCGUCUUUUUUUACCUCUUUUUUCAUUUCGUAUACCCAGCCUUCAGCUACUUCCUUAUAUGGAUCUACCUGCUGAAAAAUUUCUUAUGGGACUACCUGACCCCACAGCGCAUCCAAGGUAGCAGACCUGCUCCCAAGCGCGAGAAUGGCUUCUUUUCGGCACACGUGAUCGUCUCCAGCAUCGCAGGUUCCCUGCGCGGUACGUGGGUGUUUCGUCAGCGCGAACCCUCAAACCUCUUUGCGAUUCUGACGCUUCUGGGCCUGCAAGUGAUGGCGUGGCACAGUCUCGGCUUCACACCCUUUCUCCCAUGUAUGUCGACAUUAUCGAAUUCCGACGCAAACUUGCGCUCAAAGAUUCAGAAUGAUCCCCAAACCCUGAAAGUAGUUGACACUAUAGUACAGGACGUCCAUCAGUAUUUCGGUGGCUACACUUUGGGAUACUUCUUCGGGAGCUCUCUCAGCAGGAUGAUCAUGACGGUACUACCACUUUUCCUUGGCCUCACAAUAACGAACAUGGUGCUUACUAAAUGCCUUUCAAUGCGGAGUGUAGAUAAAAAAUGUGAGGGGGGAACAUGGCAAACCUCACCUCUUUGGCGUAUCUUACAGCGACGUGCGUAUCGUUGGCUUCAUCCCCGCAGUUACCUGAUGGAGCGACAUGCUCAGAUUCCAUUGCGUUCGUUUUACUGUCCCGAGAGGGAUGUCGUGAUAAGGCGUUACGAUGGGUACUCGAUCCUGCUGGAUUGCCCGGUGGGGGAGUCGAACCAUUUGCCCUUCGUCCUAAGUAUCACCUUUCUUGCGCUUUUUGAGGGGCUUAUAUUAUCUUGGGGUCUGCAACAGGCAAUAAUGUACACAGGGGCCAUCGCGCGAAUGGACAGGGCAUGGCAUGAAAGCAUCACUAUCGCUUUCAAGGAUGCGAGCAGCAUUGAAAAGUAUGUCCGAGAAGAAAGGAAUUUUAUUGCCACUGACCCUCAAAAUAUUCCGUUGCUGAGUGUAUGCAUCUUUGAAGCACUCUGGAAGUGGGCAAAGAUCCUUAUGAAACUUUUUGUCUAUGGACUGCCCGGCAACCAGCCCCCAAGGCUCAGCCUGCUUGAGUCAAAAAUAGAACUAAUGUCAAUGCCCUUUUACGAGCGGUUCCCUAAGGAGGCAUACUUUUUCUUCCUUUAUUUUACCCCCACGUUGUCCAACACUUUCGGUGUGUGCUUAUUCCAUACCAGUCUCAUUACCUUUGCUUUAUCGGCCUAUAUAGCCAUUCGUCAAUGGCAUGGUGUGUGUCGCGGUGUCACACAAAUGGAGCUGGCGAACCCGUUGGCACCUGGCAUUGCGCAAGACGGGGCCUUGGUAUCGAUAUUUCCGCCUAACCCAAGGGAAUCCAUGCAGGCCAUGAUCGAUCCCGAUGAGGAACGUUAUUACGCGGCAGUUGACCCGAGUAAGGAACGGAAAGCAUCAGAUCUUUUCAGUGGGCAUAGCAUAUAUUCUAAUGGCAGGGACGUGUGUGCGAAUAUUUUGCAUUUUAUCUUAGGAAUACAAGACAAGUCCUGGCGCGACGCCAUGGCGGUCUCAGAAAACAACACACCAAUUAAGAGAGUACUCGAAUAA